AUGACCCUGAGCACGGAGAUGUCCGAUGCCUCCGGCCUCGCCGAGGAGACAGACAUCGACGUGGUGGGGGAGGGCGAGGACGAAGACGACGAGGAAGAGGAGGACGACGACGAGGGCGGCGGCGGCGGGCACCGCCUGGCUGUCCCCGCGCGGCGGAGGCGGCGGCGGCGCUCGUACGCCGGGGAAGACGAGCUGGAGGACCUGGAGGAGGAGGACGACGACGAUGACAUCCCGCUGGCUCCGCGGACGGGGGGCUCCCCGGCGCCCCCGGGUCCAGCCCCGGGGGCGGGGGCCGGGGCUGGUGGCGGCAGCGGCGCGGGCGCGGGCGGCGGCGGCGCGGGCGCGGGCGGCGGCGCCAAGAACCCGCUGGUGAAGCCGCCCUACUCGUACAUCGCGCUCAUCACCAUGGCCAUCCUGCAGAGCCCCAAGAAGCGGCUGACGCUGAGCGAGAUCUGCGAGUUCAUCAGCGGCCGUUUCCCGUACUACCGGGAGAAGUUCCCCGCCUGGCAGAACAGCAUCCGCCACAACCUCUCGCUCAACGACUGCUUCGUCAAGAUCCCCCGCGAGCCCGGCAACCCCGGCAAAGGCAACUACUGGACGCUCGACCCCGAGUCCGCCGACAUGUUCGACAACGGCAGCUUCCUGCGCCGGAGGAAGCGCUUCAAGCGGCAGCCGCUGCUCCCGCCCAACGCCGCCGCCGCCGCCGAGUCGCUGCUGCUGCGCGGCGCGGGGGGCGCGGGGGGGGCCGGGGACCCGGCCGCGGCCGCCGCAGCCGCCGCGCUCUUCCCGCCCGCGCCCCCGCCGCCCCCGCACGCCUACGGCUACGGCCCCUACGGCUGCGGCUACGGCCUGCAGCUGCCGCCUUACGCGCCGCCCUCGGCCCUCUUCGCCGCCGCGGCCGCGGCCGCUGCCGCCUUCCACCCGCACUCGCCGCCGCCGCCCCCCCCGCCGCCGCCGCCGCCGCCGCCGCCGCCCCACGGCGCGGCCGCCGAGCUGGCCCGGACCGCCUUCGGCUACCGGCCGCACCCGCUCGGCGCCGCCCUGCCCGGCCCCCUGCAGGCCUCGGCGGCCAAGGCGGGCGGCCCGGGCGCCUCGGCGCUGGCGCGCUCGCCCUUCUCCAUCGAGAGCAUCAUCGGGGGCAGUCUGGGCCCGGCCGCCGCCGCCGCCGCCGCGCAGGCCGCCGUGGCCGUGCAGGCCUCGCCCUCCGCAUCUCCCGGGACGCCGUCCGCGCUCGGGGCCGGCGGUAGCGACGGCGGCGGCGGCGGCUGUGCGGCUCAGGCGGCCGUGGGUCCGGCCGCCGCGCUCACCCGCUCGCUCGUGGCCGCCGCCGCCGCCGCCGCCUCCUCCGUCUCCUCGUCGGCCGCCCUGGGGACUCUGCACCAAGGGACUGCCCUGUCCAGUGUCGAGAACUUUACUGCUAGGAUCUCAAAUUGUUAA